CAGAAAUUGAAGUACUUGGGGAAAGGACUGAACUCACAAGUUUUACAUCCUUCUUUCAAUGGAGCUCUCACUUUCUUGUUCAUCUUCUCUUGGAAUUUCAGCUUUAAGUUCUGGCUGUAACGCCACAUGUGCUCAACACAAAAUAAUACCCAUUAAACCCAAUGGUAAAUGUUGGCGUUUGCCAUUGAAAUGCUCCAAGAAUUUGCAGUCACUUGGUCUCUACAGAAGCAGAAGCUGCAAAGAGUAUUUGCCGAACAGGCACUAUAGGCACAAUUCCAUCCGGGCCUCCACUCAAACGGGUGCUGCUGGAUCUGAUCCGAUACUGAAUAAGAUUUCAGCUUUCAAAGAUGCAUGCUGGAGAUUUUUGAGGCCCCAUACGAUACGGGGAACAUUUUUAGGAUCUGUUGCUCUGGUGGCAAGAGCGUUAAUUGAAAAUCCAAAUUUGAUUAAGUGGUCGCUGGUGCCUAAGGCAUUUUCUGGUCUUAUAGCUCUGAUUUGUGGAAAUGGUUAUAUUGUUGGCAUCAAUCAGAUCUAUGACAUUGGAAUUGACAAGGUAAACAAGCCUUACUUGCCUAUUGCUGCAGGGGACCUUUCAGUUCAAUCUGCAUGGUCCUUGGUGAUACUUUUUGCAGUAAUCGGCCUUCUGAUUGUUGGAUUUAACUUUGGCCUAUUCAUCACAUCUCUUUACUGCCUUGGUCUUUUCCUGGGAACCAUCUAUUCUGUUCCUCCAUUUAGAAUGAAGAGAUUCCCAGUUGCAGCAUUUCUUAUAAUUGCUACGGUGCGGGGGUUCCUUCUCAAUUUUGGGGUAUACUAUGCUACAAGAUCUGCUCUUGGAUUACCAUUUGAAUGGAGUGCACCUGUGGCUUUCAUCACAACAUUUGUUACAUUGUUUGCACUGGUUAUUGCCAUAACUAAGGAUCUUCCAGAUGUAGAGGGAGAUCGAAAAUUUCAAAUAUCAACCUUCGCAACAAAGCUUGGAGUUAGAAACAUUGCCUUUCUUGGUUCUGGGCUUUUACUGGUGAAUUAUGUUGCUGCUGUGUUGGCAGCAAUAUAUAUGCCUCAGGCUUUCAGGCGUAGUUUAAUGCUACCAGCACAUAUUUGUUUGGCAACAUGCUUAAUUUUCCAGGCAUGGAUUCUGGAACGGGCAAAUUAUGCCAAGGAAGCAAUCCAAGGGUUCUAUCGCUUUAUAUGGAAUCUGUUCUAUGCUGAGUAUGCAAUAUUUCCGUUCAUCUAGAGUUUUCUUUUUAUAUUUCUCUUUGUGAGGGAGUGAAAUUUAUGUAAAUAUCAGCAAGAUUUUGCCAUUAAUACAUUUGUAAUUGAUUUUCUAACAUCAUGCAAGACUUUGCCACAUUUUUGUUCAAAGAAAAGACGGAUUUUUCCAAGCUCCUAUUCACGCGUCCCAAGGUACAAACUUUAAACUUGUAAUUUGGAGUUUCAAACUCUUAUCAGUUAAGGGAUCACUUAUUAUUAUAAUAAAGCAUUCAAGUACCAAGACCCUAUUCAAUAAGAUGGUGUAUACUUCUGAUUGACGAAGUCGUUCAGGUAUUCUGUUUGAAGAUCUUUUCUGGGAAGUUUCUGCAUCAACUCGAAAUGGUUGCUCCUUAGAUGACUAGCAAUUUCAGAGUAUUUAUCCAUCACCAUUCACCAAGUUGAAAGCUUUACUCAAACUUUCUUCUACAAUUCACACACACUGACUUGGCUCGAAUUCUAGCAGUCAUCACGCUCAUUUCUCUUUUAGCUACUUGCUCUGUUUUUCAGGUAGGAGAUGCCCUCUUAGCAACACAGGCUUUCAAAAUUGUUGUUCCCCAACCUUACGCUACAUUCCAAGGACAAUUCCACCACUCUGUUUAAAUCUGGCUGUUAGGCAUUCGCAUUUAGGCAUCCGAGUUCUGAAAUCUUCCACCAGGAAUAUUUUGGCUGCUGCAGACGCUUCAGUUUUCAGUUUACCGAGGAAGGGAUAUCCAUUUCUUCCCCUACGGUCAUGGUUUCAACUUAAUCUUGGGUUAGAUCAAGAGCAGGAGAAAGGUGAUUGUGAAGAGGCAGAGGCAGAUUUGAUGCAGUCUCAGUGCUCGUAGGGAGGCCAUGGAGAUAGGGAAUGACGGGGGAAGAAACGUACUCAGGUUUUGAUGUUGGGUUCCAACUUUUGCUGUGCUCCUCCCAGCAGCAAAAAGGAUGCAAGUAUAUUAUUGGAGAGCUGAAGGUAAGGGAUGACAUGACCGGA